CGGUCACAACUCAAACCACGAUGGCGCACCAAGGCGAAGACAAGAGCAUGAUGGAAAAGAUGAAGGAGAAGGUUCAGUCUGGCAUGGACAAAGUCAAGAGCACGUUCACGGGCCACGACGACAAGGAGUUUCCCUCGCGAAGCGGCUACGAAGGCAACACGGCAGCCAUGCCGACGUAUGCGUCCAAGACUGGGUUCGGUCGAGACGAGCCGUCGGAUGCCUCGCAAUAUAAAGCGGCAGCUCAGCAGAGCGCUGCUGACACCCGCGACACGAUGAAGGACAAGGGGCAGUACGCUCAGGACAAAGGCUCCGAGUACUACCAGUCGGCCAAAGACAAGGCCGAAGAUGCGCGCGACACGAUGAAGGACAAGAGCCAAGAGGCCAAAGACAAGACCUCGGACUACAUGGAGUCUGCGAAGGACAAGAUGGCGGAUGCACGCGAUGCGAUGAAGGACAAGACGGAGCAGACGAAGGACAAGGGCUCGGAGUACAUGCAGUCUGCCAAGGAGAAGGCGUCCGAUGCCCGUGACAGCAUGAUGGACAAGCUUCACCAGGCCAAGGAAACCAUCAAGGAGAAGACGGGGGACGUGCAGGAUACGCUGAAGCAUUACGGCGACUCGGCCAAAGAUAAGGGCAAGGAACUUCACGAACGCCAUAUGGGCGAUUCCACCAAGGCCGAGUAUGUCUCCAAGGAUCAAACGGGAGGACAGCGCGGUAGCUAUGCUUAA